AUGGACCAUCACCGCUGGGAAUGUGGGCCGCCCUGUCCAGGCAAGUUCUCUGACUACACGGGGCUCGGUCGACAUCGUAGGACUUGCAACCAUUACAAGCACCGCGUGGAUUUACAAGCCCAGAAUUUCAAACGUCGAGCUCGUGAAGACCCCCGGCACGUUAAGGUGUUUAAGAAAAUGAAACCCUCCAUAGCGGAUGAAGACCAGACCUUAGUGGCUUCAUCCUCAGGCAUCGAUUUAGAGCAGUCAACAAUCAACCAUACUUUCCAGAUACUGGAUCAAUCCAACAGCAUCGCUCCUUCCCCAUCCACCAACAAUUCAAUUGGCCACAAUCCAACUAGUUCUCCUCCCCCAGACCCUUCCACCACUCUGGACUGUGAUCAUAAUUCACGCCCAAGGCGCAUGCAGAGACUCCCACUGCGAUAUAGGGAUGAACUUCCAGAAGCACCACUACCUUUUGCUCAGGAUCAGCCAACCUCGCGUCCUACCCGCAUAAUUCUUCAUGUUUUCGACUCUAUCUGCACAUUAUUCAAUAAGUUUGGCAUUGCCCGCCAAUAUCGUCAUCGCCCUUCAUAUGAUCCAGAUGCAUUUGUAUCGGCAGAUGAACUCUCCAACAUACGUCCUGCUGAAUCCCAUACUAGUGACCGCAGCAUACGGGAUGGUGAGGUGCCCUCAGGUGACCCUUCACGUCCACGGCACCACCUUGGCCUUGGAAAAACAUGUCAGUCUGGAGGCUGA